AUGUCCCUUACAUUGGGGGUCAGUGGGAAGAAUGUCCCUUACAUUGGGGGUCAGUGGGAAGAAUGUCCCUUACAUUGGGGGUCAGUGGGAAGAAUGUCCCUUACAUUGGGGGUCAGUGGGAAGAAUGUCCCUUACAUUGGUGGUCAGUGGGAAGAAUGUCCCUUACAUUGGGGGUCAGUGGGAAGAAUGUCCCUUACAUUGGGGGUCGGUGGGAAGAAUGUCCCUUACAUUGGGGGUCAGUGGGAAGAAUGUCCCUUACAUUGGGGGUCAGUGGGAAGAAUGUCCCUUACAUUGGUGAUCAGUGGGAAGAAUGUCCCUUACAUUGGUGGUCAGUGGGGAAGAAUGCUCCUUACAUUGGUGAUCAGUGGGAAGAAUGUCCCUUACAUUGGUGGUCAGUGGGAAGAAUGUCCCUUACAUUGGGGGUCAGUGGGAAGAAUGUCCCUUACAUUGGUGGUCAGGGAGAAGAAUGUCCCUUACAUUGUUGGUCAGCGGGAAGAAUGUCCCUUACAUUGGUGGUCAGUCGGAAGAAUGUCCCUUACAUUGGUGGUCAGUCGGAAGAAUGAUCCCUUUACAGUUGUGACCAGAAUGCCACCCUUAGUGAUAGCU